ACGCUCGUCUGGUAUGGGACGGAGGUCGAUGUGGCAGAAAAUCAUAGCUCGAGUAUUCAGAUUCGCAGCGAGGUAUGGAUCGCAAGCGUAGCCGCUGUCGUGCUUGCUAUCGGUACAGUGUGUUGGUCAUGGUGGUGGAAUUGGAGGGAGCGGAGGCGGUCGAUGAAAAGGGGCACUUCUUUAAAGACUCGGUCGUAAUUGCGCCGUCGUGGCUAGGGAAUUCGUGGUGUCGAGAAGAAGGAAAGCGCGUGUGGGCGGUGUAAUCUGUACCUAGGCAAUGUUUUCCUUGCGUAAUAUCUCGUGACCUGGGAGCACGGCCUUUCAAUCACGUGCUCGCAUAUGACUUUUAUUGGAUCAAAGACGGAGACCGCGUUGCUGGAAUAUGCCAAGGCUUAUCUCGGAAUGGGACCAGUGAGCGAAGAGCGAUCAAAUGUGAAAACGCUACAGCUCGUUCCUUUCGAUUCCGGCCGAAAAUGUAUGGGUAUCGUGGUCCAGCUGGAGAACGGCGCAGCUCGCUUGUACGUGAAGGGAGCAUCGGAAAUUAUGCUUAGGAAAUGCUCAUCAAUCAUCCGCGAUCCUACCCGAGACUCGUCAAGCGCGCCUCUCACAAUUGACGACAAGGAGGCCGUCAAAGACCUUAUCGAAAACUACGCAUCUAGGUCCUUGAGAACUAUCGGAAUCAUCUAUCGUGACUUUGAAAGAUGGCCCCCGCGGAACGCUAAGCGUGCCGAAGGCGAUCAGAACGAAGUUAUUUUCGAGGACAUCUUCAACAACAUGACCUUCGUUGGUAUGGUUGGCAUCCAAGACCCCCUCCGCGAAGGAGUCCCGGGGGCGGUCAAGCGGUGUCGGAGAGCUGGUGUUGUUGUUCGCAUGGUUACUGGCGACAACAAACUCACGGCCCAGGCCAUCGCGAGAGAGUGCGGCAUACUGGAUAGAGAAGGCUUAAUUAUGGAAGGACCGGAAUUUCGGAAUCUUAGCAAGUUCCAGCAGAACGAAAUUAUCCCGCGCCUUCGCGUGUUGGCACGCUCUAGUCCCGAAGAUAAGCGUAUUCUCGUGCGUCGUCUCAAAGAUAUGGGUGAGACCGUUGCGGUUACGGGCGACGGUACAAAUGACGCGCCUGCUCUGAAGCUCGCAGACGUGGGGUUUUCCAUGGGCAUUACUGGUACUGAAGUAGCAAAGGAGGCAUCCGCGAUCAUUCUUAUGGAUGACAACUUCACCAGCAUCGUGAAGGCCCUAAAAUGGGGCCGAGCUGUUAACGAUGCCGUCAAACGAUUCCUGCAGUUUCAGCUUACGGUCAACGUCACAGCCAUCGUCUUGACCUUCGUCACGGCAGUCUCUAGCAGUGAUGAAGGCUCUGUACUGACAGCUGUUCAGCUUCUGUGGGUUAACCUGAUCAUGGAUACUCUUGCGGCCCUCGCUCUCGCCACGGACCCUCCUCAAGAUGGCUGUUUGGACCGCAAGCCGGAACGGAGAGGUGCCAGUAUUAUUUCGAUAACGAUGUGGAAGAUGAUCAUAGGGCAGGCGAUUUAUCAGUUGGCAGUCACAUUUAUUCUCUACUAUGCUGCAGGCUCUACUGGCAUAGCCACGAACAACGAUCAGCGCAACACCCUAGUUUUCAACACCUUCGUGUGGAUGCAGAUCUUCAACCAGUGGAACAAUCGUCGUUUGGAUAACCACUUCAACAUCUUCGAAGGCCUGUUACAGAAUUGGUACUUUAUCAUCAUCAACUUUGCCGUGUCCGGUGCCCAAGUCCUUAUCAUUUUCGUUGGUGGAACUCCAUUCAGUAUCUCUCCCACGAAACCUCCACAGACAGGUCCUCAGUGGGCGUGUGCAAUUGUCCUGGGUGUUAUUUCCAUUAUAAUUGGCGCGGCAAUCCGUCUGAUUCCGGACGAGUUGAUCAGCAGAUGCAUUCCGGAGUUCCUGAAGAAGAAGCGCGACAUCCCUGGAUUGGCGGUAUCAGACGAAGAGAGAUUCAACGAUUACCCCGAGGCCCUUGCUAAUGUAAGAGACGAGCUCGCAUUCGUCAGGAAGCUCAAGGGUGGUCGUCUGAACAACUUGAAAUUCGCUGUCCAACACCCUCGCAAUUUCAUAAAGACGAGAAGUCCCUUUCACUCUAGGUCGAAUUCGAUGAGAGCCCCACAGACUCCGACAGGUGAAGACAGCUUCAGCGUCCCCUCACCAGCGCCGACAGGAAACGAUCUAGAUCCAUGAGGCCGCGGUCAAGUUCCGCAUUAGGCGCGCCUACGGUUAUGGCGGGUAUUAUCGAUGGUGGUGUGGUAACAGGUCGGUCCCCGGGGGGGGGGGGAACAACUGAGGGGCGCGAUUC